AUGUCAUCGAGCACGGUUUUUAUCAUCAAUGCACUGAAAAAUAUUGGUGCUAGUAAAGAAGGGAGAAGAAAUAAAAAAUUAAAAGAGAGCGUUAAUAAAGCGUUGGAAUCGAUCAAAGAUGAUUCUGGAGAUGCAAGCAAUGCAGACAUCAUUUUUGAACCGCUUCAGGCAGCAUGCAAAACAAGAGUUAUAGCACUAAUGACUACAGCGUUAGACUGUAUUGGAAAACUUUUUUCAUAUAAUUAUCUGAUAGAAGCCAAUGGAACCUAUAUAUCGGAAAAUGUAGAUGAUAUAGAUGAUUCUUCAAAAGACGUUCAAGACGAAAGCAAAAAACCUCUGGUUGACCGAGCAAUUGAUACAGUUUGUGAUUGCUUUGUAGGUGAAAAUACUGAUGAUAAAGCACUUUUAGCUGCUGUUUCAUCAACAAAGGCUCCUAUUCACCAAUCUUCACUUCUUAAAUCUAUUCGUUAUUCUUACAAUAUAUUUUUACUCUCACGGAGUUCCGUCAAUCAGACAAUUGCACAAGGAACACUAACUCAAAUGGUUAAUCAAGUUUUUAGUCGCAUCAAGGUGAAUGUUGACGAAAAUAUUGAAUCACCUUUAGAGAAAAGAAAAACAGACAUAGAUUUUAAGAGUAAUAAUUAUAACUCAAUAGAAAUUGAAAGUUCAAGUGAGAGUGAGGUUGAUUUAGGAAUUAGCAAUAGCCCCAAAUUAAAUGAGCAUAAUAACAAUGAUAACGAACAAAAUGAUCAGGAAUUAAAUGGUAAACGCAAUGUACGAGAUAGUUUUGAAGAAGCAGCCACAUUUACUGGAACUACACCAACUACCGUUGAGUUAGAAAGCUCUGAUGCGUUAGAAUUUGGACAAUGGAAUGAAUCUCACGAUUCUAGUGAAGAAGUUGUGAAAGUUAUUGAAGAAGAAAUGGUAAAUUUUAAGGGUCCGGAAGAAUUUUCAGCUGAUGGAAAAACAUUGUCAGAUUCUGAGAAUCAGCAAUCAUCUAAUGUUGCGUCCACUCUCGAACAAACUAAUGUAAUCGCCGUUAAUCAGGAUGAUUUAUGCGUUAAAGAUGCUUUUCUUGUGUUUCGUGCUUUAUGCAAAUUAUCUAUGAAACCCAUGUCUGCUGAAGCAUCUAAAGAUUUAAAAUCUCCCCCAAUGCGAUCAAAACUUUUGUCACUACAUCUAAUAUCGACAACAUUAAGCACACAUAUACAUGUAUUUUCUUCUCCUAAUGUUCUAUUUAUGUCAUCCGCUAAACAAGAGAAUAUUCCAUUCGUCCAUGCAGUCAAGCAAUAUUUAUGCUUGAGCUUGAGUAGAAAUGCUGUAAGCCCUUUGCCUCAAGUUUUUGAAAUCAGUCUUGAAAUAUUCUGGCAAUGUAUGAUUAAGUUAAGGAGCCAUUUGAAGAAGGAAAUUGAAGUAUUUUUCAAGGAAAUAUUUCUUCCAAUAUUAGAAAUGAGAACAUCAUCAAUGAAACAAAAAUACGCACUAAUGAGUAUCCUCUCUAGGAUCUGUAGUGAACCUCAAACUCUAGUAGAGCUUUAUUUAAAUUAUGAUUGUGAUAGAGAAGCUUUAGAUAAUACAUACGAGCGGCAAGUAAUUGUAAAUAUUGUUUCAAAAGUUACCACAACACGCACUACAAUAAAUUCAGCAUCUGGUGUGUCGUCUUCCACCAAUUCUGAAAAAGAUAAAGAUCCCAAUUCAUCUACGACAUCGCUUGCUAGUACAUCAAUGCAAUCUACAAACGUUAUUCCACCAUCUCUCGAUACAAAAUCCAUAACUACUAAUACUACAUCACAAUCACAUCCAAAUCUCCCAGAUGAGCUUGCAUUAAAAUAUCAGGGGCUUGAAUGCCUCGUUUCAAUUUUACGUUCUCUUGUUGCGUGGUGUAGUAAUAAACCAUCUGUGGAUGGCAUUGAUUACGAUAAGGAUGAAUCAAUUAGAAAAAGUGAAGAAACCGUUACUGAAUUGGCAUUAUCUCAAAAUUCGGUAACGGUACAAAAUACAAGCAAGUCUUCACCAUCAUCCUCUACAAUGUCAAUGUCCGGUUCAUAUUUUGGUGAUAUAAAAAGUGUAAUUCCAAAGGCUAUGGAUGAUCCAGAACAAUUUGAAAAUCUGAAGCAUCGAAAGCAAGUGCUUCAAGAUGGUAUUAAAACGUUUAAUUUCAAACCAAAAAGGGGAAUUCAAGCACUAAUCUCAGCGGGUUUUAUUCCUAGCACUGAGCCCUUAGAAAUAGCAAAAUUUUUAUUGAACACGGAAGGAUUAAACAAAACCAUGAUCGGCGAAUAUUUGGGUGAAGGUGAAACAGAAAAUGUUGCAACUAUGCACGCGUUUGUUGAUUUGAUGGAUUUUUCAAAUAUGAAUUUUGUUGACGCAUUACGACAGUUUUUACAGUCUUUCCGUUUGCCUGGUGAAGCUCAAAAAAUUGAUAGAUUUAUGUUAAAAUUUGCUGAACGAUACGUAGACGGCAAUCCAACUCAAUUUGCUAACGCAGAUACCGCUUAUGUCCUUGCAUAUUCGGUUAUUAUGUUGAAUACUGAUCUUCAUAAUCCUCAAAUAAAGCGCCGUAUGACAAAAUCUGAAUUUAUAAAAAAUAAUCGUGGAAUAAACGAUAACUCUGAUUUGCCCGAAGAAUUUCUAACGGCAAUAUAUGAUGAGAUACAAAAUGAUGAGAUUAAAAUGAAAGAUGAACAAGAUGCUGCGCUGGUGCAGCCAAUAACACCGAAUUCCGGAAUUGGUAUUGCGAAUUUGGGUAGUGCUAUUGUUAAUGUUAGAAGAGAUUUUAAAAGGGAAGCAUAUCAAGCAGCUUCUCAAGAGAUGGCUAAUAAAACUGAGAAUUUAUUCAAAGCUAUGCUGAGAGCACAGCGUCGUGGCGUUUAUACCUCGAGUGCAACUUUUUUCAGUGCUUCGCAUUUUGAACAUGUUCGCCCUAUGUUUGAAGUUGCAUGGAUGCCAGUUCUUGCUGGAUUAUCUGGUCCGCUUCAAGAUACGGAGGAUUUGGAAACAGCAAAUCUAGCAUUGGAGGGUUUUAAGCUUGCUAUUCGUAUAAUAAGUCUUUUUGAUAUGGAGCUGGAGAGAAAUGCUUUUGUCACUACAUUGGCAAAAUUCACGUUUUUGAAUAAUCUAGGUGAAAUGAGGCCCAAAAAUGUAGAUGCUAUUAAGACUCUUUUAGACAUAGCAUUAUUAGAAGGAAACUAUUUAAAGGGAUCCUGGCAAGAAGUUUUAACCUGUGUUAGUCAGUUAGAAAGACAACAUUCAGUUGAUAACGGAGCAAGGCGCAGCAGUUCUACCUCAAAAAGAUCAUUUUCAUCAAGACCUGUAUCUCAGUUAACAUUUGCAGAAGAUGUUGCAAUAGAAAGUAGGUCAUCCCAUGUGGUCGUAGCUGUUGAUAAAGUCUUUAGUUCGAGUUCAAAACUCUCUGGGACUGCUAUUGUAGAAUUUGUGCGGGCAUUAAGCAGUGUCUCAUGGGAAGAAAUACAAUCUUCAACUAUGACAGAACAUCCAAGAAUGUUUAGUUUACAAAAGUUAGUCGAGAUUUCAUAUUAUAAUAUGGGCCGUAUUCGAAUGGAAUGGUCUAACAUUUGGGCCAUAUUAGGUGAUCAUUUCAAUCUGGUUGGAUGCCAUCCAAAUAUAAAUGUUGGAUUCUUUGCUAUCGAUUCUCUUCGCCAGCUCGCGAUGCAAUUUUUGGGAAAAGAAGAGCUUCCUCAUUUUAAGUUUCAGAAGGAUUUUUUAAGACCUUUUGAGUAUAUAUUAGUUAAUAAUGCCAACGUUUCCAUAAAAGAUAUGGUGUUACGUUGCGUUCAACAAAUGAUACAAGCUCGAUCACACAACAUCAAAUCUGGGUGGAAGGCUUUAUUUGGAGUUUUGUCAGCCGCAGCAAAAGAAAUUAAUGAAUCCAUUGUUAUAAUGGCAUUCGAUAUCGUUAGAAUGAUAAUAAAAGAUCAAUUUGAUAGUAUCGUAUCCAACAGUACUUACCCUGAUCUUAUGGUUUGCCUUACGGAAUUUUGUAAAAACAAACGAUUUCAAAAAACAAGUCUUCAAGCGAUUGAUCUUAUGUGCAUGUCUAUACUAAAGAUGUUAGAGUAUCCACAAUAUAAAAUACAUUAUUCUAUUAACGGAUCUAAUGGUACCGGAAAUUCACCUGAAGUUAAAGUAAUUACCAACGAUGAUCCAUCAUUUAAAUUUUGGUAUCCGCUAUUAUUCGGAUUCCAUGAUGUUAUAAUGAAUGGCGAAGAUUUGGAAGUUAGAACAAGGGCCCUAACUUCUAUGUUUGACACCCUUAAAAAAUAUGGUGUUACAUAUUCUUUAGAGUUUUGGGGUGUAAUAUGUCGUCAAGUUCUCUUUCCUAUCUUUGGUGUGUUAAGAUCUCGUUCAGAUAUAUCAAAGUUCUCAAGUCAUGAGGAUAUGAGUGUUUGGUUAUCAACGACUAUGAUCCAAGCCCUUCGUAAUAUGAUUGAUUUGUUCACACAUUAUUUCGACACGCUUGAGGUAAUGAUUGACGGAAUAUUAGACCUACUCGGUUCUUGUAUAACGCAAGAGAAUGAUACACUUGCACGUAUUGGGAGCUCUUGUUUACAACAAUUAAUUAAUGCAAAUGUAAAGAAACUUGAUUAUAAGCAUUGGGGAAAAAUUAGUUCAAUGUUUGUCCAGUUAUUUGAAACCACUACUCCAUACAAUUUACUUGAUGAAAGUCACCGAUUUAUUGAUGCUGCUAAACAGUUGUCGAAUGGGAUUGCCGAAAUAUAUGUUGAUUUGAACACUCGGUCCAUGAUUGAAGAACUUGAAGAACAUUAUUCUGAAUCUGAACAUACGUCAACAACAACCACGGCCCCUGAUGAGCAAAGAACAAAAGAAUUCAAUAAGAUUGUUAUAAAGUGCCUGCUUCAACUACUGCUAAUAGAUACUGUAAAAGAAUUUUUAAGUAAUGAUACAGUAUAUGAGUCAAUACCAGCUGUACAUUUAUUGACAAUUGGCGAAUGCUUAGACAAAUCAUAUAACUUUGCUCGAAAAUUCAAUGAAGAUAAAGAAUUGCGAACGGCACUCUGGAAAAUAGGGUUCAUGAAGCAAUUGCCCAACUUACUUAAACAAGAAUCAAGUAGUGCAUCGUGUUUUCUAGAUCUUUUGAGAAGAAUGCAUGGUGACGGCUCUCCAAACCGCCUGGAGAGAAAAUCAGAUAUUGAGCGAAAACUAAUACCGUGA